GAUCGCGAUCGCGUAUUUCUUGACGUCGUCGACCCGGUUUUCUCUGGGCUGCGGUGGUUGUACCGUGGCUGUACUCGUAGCUGCCGUAAACGAUGCAAUAAAUAUUGUUGUAGUCUACCAGGAAGGUGUGUUUCAACGAUGUUUAUUUUUCACACAGUAAGAAAGUUAGACGCACAUUCGAAGUGGAGGUCGACGACGAACGGCUGUUUUAUUAUGAUGGGGUUUAUUAGUGAAGAAAAGCGAAGAUUUUGACACAGCUGAACAGCCGUUUGAUCAUAGUCGGCAACCUUGAAGUGGUGAAGUAGGGCUAAACUACAGGUCGGUAGCGAUUGCACACAAAAGAAAAGCAAAAUGAAGGAAAUAUAAAUAAACCAGCGAAAACGAAAAGUGGAACCUAAUUUUUUUAUGGAAGAAUUUUCAUGUGUCUGUGAUUGCGUAUACGAGUGGUGUGACUGUGCCGGCGUUGAUAUCGUUCGAGUAAUCAGCAUACAUAACCAAGUGAAAAAGAGUGCUUCAUUUGCGACAUUAACCUGGAUAUAAUAGUUGGUUUAUCAAAUGUCACUCCAAGAAGUUGGAGCGUCGAAUGCGGCCUUGAGUGUCGACGAUAGCGGCACAUCCAGCACCGUCCGGAUGGAGGACAUCGAUCAGACCAUCGACACCAGCCUGGCGUGCUACUCGCUGGCCGACGAGUACGACGAAAAUCUGGGCUUCUCCGACUCGAUCACCAUGGUAUCGAUAGGAGCCGAUGGCCCGGUGCUGGUGCAGCGGAAGGAGAGCGACCACGGCAGUAUUGUACCGGACUCGGAAAUCCCCUUUUCUUAUGUGCACAACCCACCGACAAAGUUCACAUCCAUGCACAGACAUAUAUUCAUUCCCGGGCUGGAAAUCAACGUAGAGAUUAUAGAUUACGAGCGUAGCUUGACGGCCCAUAUACUGAACCCUAAUUUAUAUACAAUAAAAUUCACUCAUGGUCAGUUCACGUGGACGAUCAAGAAGCGUUACAAUCAUUUCCGCAACUUACAUCAGCAGCUGACGACGUUCAAAGCAUCGCUAACCAUCCCUUUCCCCACAAAAAGUCAUAAAGAACGACGGACUAGUUUUAGGAAUAUGCACAAUGUGCAUCAGUGUACUGCGUCGCCAACGAUGCAGAUGAAGCUGGAGAAGCCGCACAAAAAGCGGAAGAAAAGUGCCCUUCCAAGGUUUCCGUUGAAACCGGACUCUCUGGUAUCGUUCGAUGCCAUCCCCGAGCGGAAGCGACAACUCGAGGAAUAUCUGUACAAUUUGCUCAACAUUUCGCUCUAUCGGAAUCACCAGGAUACGAUUAACUUCCUGGAAGUGUCGCACAUCUCGUUCAUCGCAGCCCUAGGGGAGAAGGGUCAGGAAGGAUUGGUGAAGAAACGAACCGGAUCAACGCGUGCUGGUCAGGCGGGGUUCAACUGCUGCGGCUGUCUAACUGGAGGUUGCUGUGUCCGAUGUAGCUAUUUCUGCUCCGAUGUCGUGUGGAGCAAAUGGCGGAAUCGGUGGUUCUUCGUGAAGGAAACCUGCUUUGGGUACUACCGGCCCAAAGAUGGCGUUCUGCGGUGCGUGGUGCUGUUCGACCAAGGGUUUGACGUUUCGUCGGGCAUGUAUAGUACGGGAAUGCGUAAUGGGUUGCAGAUUGUGACCAAUACGCGAUAUUUGGUUGUGAAGCAUCCGACACGGCGGACAGCAAAAGAGUGGAUGUCAUUCAUGAAAAAGGCGGCAAAUGACUCGGCGAGAGAUUUCACGAUGCCCAAUCCGCACCAGUCAUUUGCACCCAGUCGACCUGGAAUGCAGGCAGCCUGGUUCGUGGAUGGGGCAAGCUAUAUGAGUUCCGUGGCGGAUGCGCUGGAGGGUGCGACCGAGGAGAUAUUCAUCACGGACUGGAUGUUGAGCCCGGAGAUUCACAUGAAGCGACCAGCUCUCGAUGGGGAUUAUUGGCGGCUGGAUAAGAUUCUUAAACGCAAGGCGGAACAAGGAGUCAAGAUCUUCGUGUUAUUGUUCAAAGAACUUGAGAUCGCCCUUGGGAUCAACAGCUACUAUAGUAAGCAGAAGUUGGUGGAACAACACGAGAACAUCAAGGUUCUGCGCCAUCCGGAUCAUGCUCGAGCGGGAGUUCUUUUCUGGGCGCAUCAUGAAAAGCUGGUGAUAGUUGAUCAAACCUAUGCCUUUGUUGGAGGAAUCGACCUUUGUUAUGGACGUUGGGACGACUACAAUCAUCGGUUAACGGAUCUGGGAAGUAUUUCCAGCAGUAGUUGUAGCUCUGCUAACAAUACAACGAUCCGUAAACAGUCGACGGUUGUUGAGCUGGAUGAAGGUGGCACAGUGGGUAAUUUGCUAAGGGCAUCAAAAAUUAUUGUUGAGAUCACUGCGCUGGAUCAGGUAGAUAACAAACUUCCAGUAUUAGAGCCCGGAGAUAAGCUACUUAUGGCAGCAGCACAAAGACUGGAUUCAACGGCAAAAAACGAAAGUGACGAAAUGCCGGAGAACAUUAAGAAGGAUACACCUGAGUUGGAAAGGAAGAAUAUCAUGGGGAAAAUAAAGGACAUGGGAAGAGAUCUGAAAAAUAGGAUGACACUGACCGAGCAGGAGGGUGAGCUAGGAGUAAAAAGCAUUCCGGGAAGUCCAGGUUAUGUUUCCGAUGAUGAACAGAAGCAUAGCGAAUCGGAAAAGGAAACCAAGAGAGAUUCAUCGCACGUAGAAGUAAUGAGUCCUAUGCCGUUCAAAAGUAAAGUAAUGUAUGAGUUAAAUGGACAAGCCAAGUUUUGGAUAGGAAAGGACUACAUCAACUUCAUUAUAAAGGAUUUUAUCAACUUAGAUAUGCCUUACGUUGAUCUUGUUGAUCGAUCGACGACCGUACGGAUGCCAUGGCAUGAUGUUGCAACUGUAGUAUACGGUCAGGCAGCACGCGACGUCGCGAGACAUUUUAUCGAGCGCUGGAACGCUGUGAAACUGGAGAAAUGUCGCGACAAUCUCCAAUAUCCGUAUCUACUGCCUAAGAGUUACAAUGACAUUCGGAUAGAUAGUGACUUCCUGAACAUAUCACUACAACACGUGACCUGUCAAGUUCUGCGAAGUGCGUCCAGCUGGAAUUGUGGGUUCAUUGAGCAGGACUACGUGGAGCAAAGUAUCCACGAAGCCUACGUCCAAACCAUCUCCAAGGCACAGCACUACAUCUACAUUGAAAAUCAGUUCUUCAUCAGCUUGGAGAUGGGGAAUUCAAUUGUGAAGAACCAGAUUGCGGAGUACCUGUUUAAGAGGAUAAUGCGAGCCCACCGGGAGAAGAAGCCAUUCCGGGUCUACGUAGUGAUGCCUCUGUUGCCGGCUUUCGAGGGAGAAGUCGGUGGUGCAAGCGGAAUCUCUCUGAGAGCUAUUACUCACUGGAACUAUGCCUCUAUUUGCCGCGGUAAAAGCUCUCUACUUUCACGACUAGCUGCUGCCGGAAUAAAAAAUCCUUUCGAGUAUAUCUCGUUCCACAGUUUGAGAACGCACUCCCUGUUGAACGGGGUCCCAGUGACGGAGCUGAUCUACGUCCAUUCCAAGUUGUUGAUCGCAGAUGACAAGGUUGUUAUCUGCGGUUCAGCAAACAUAAACGAUCGAUCGCUUCUAGGAAAGCGAGAUUCGGAAGUGUGUGUGAUGAUUACGGACGAAAGCUUCGAAGAAGGCCGAAUGAAUGGGGAAGCGUAUCCCUGUGGUAUCUUCGCCGGAAAGCUGCGUCGGUAUUUAUUUAAAGAGCACCUGGGACUUCUCGAGCCCAGCUCGCAUAGAGCCCCAGUCGACGUAACGGACCCAGUGAUUGACUCGUUCUGGAAUGGAACGUGGCGGUGGACGUCCCGGAAGAAUACCCGCCUGUUUGAUGAAAUUUUCCGCUGCGUACCCUCCGAUAAUGUGCAAUCGUUUGUCAUGCUGAAAAAGUUUCUGGAAGAAAAGAGCCUAGCUCAGACGGAUCCGGAGGGUACACAAAAAGCGCUACAGCGGAUUGAAGGAAACUUAGUUGACUUGCCGUUGAAGUUCUUGAGUAACGAGAUUUUGACGCCACCGGGCACCAGCAAGGAAGGCAUUAUGCCGACCUACAUGUGGACGUAAGAUGAAAUAAUUUUUUUUGUUAUGUUUUUAAUUUUAGGAUGUAAGGUGCUGACCAAUGAUAAUAUUUAUUGUUGAAAUUUAUGAUUUUAUUUAUUCAAAUGAGGUUGUUCUAAACAUUAAAGAGAGGUUGUAACUAUUACUCGACUCGACAUAGAUUCAUGAAUAUGUGAGACAAAUGAGUAUUGGGAACAAGUUAAGAUUGCUGUCGAACGUUGAGUUGACAAUAAAUGUCCAACGA